AUGUCAUAUGUCAAAUUUGAUUAAAAUUAACAAAUUUCGCUCAGUGAAAGUGGGCUGAAUUUCUUUGUUAAAAUUUAAUUAAUAUAAUAGUGGACAAUCGUGGAAUUCUAUUGAUUAUAUAAUUGUAAUACGGUCAUCAAAAUGGGGGACCACGAUGAUUUCGAAGACAGCCAGUUUCCUGACAACGACGAAUUUGUUCCAUACGUGACUGCCGGAAACUUGCAUCAGAAAAAUGGCGCGAAAGUAACUAUUUGGGGAAAAGUUACUAAAGUAUCUGCGAGCGAGGGUUUCUACAUUAAAACAGUCGACGAACAAGAAGUUUUAGUAAAAUUGAAGCGGCCAAUUAAUGAACCACUUGAAGGUUGGUAUGAGAUUUAUGGAGUGUCUCAAGGCAAAAGUGUUCUUUGCGACGAAUAUGUUCCAUUUUCGCAAGAUAUGUGUAAAAACGUUGAUACUGAAGGCCACAAGGGGCUGGCUAGGCUAUUAGCUGCUCUUGAUGAUCCAUGGAAUCUUGGCGAAGAUAACUCAUACAUGGCUGGUGUUGAACCUAUGGAGUGAUAUGCUUGCGAGUGAUUAGAAAUUUUGAAAUUAGACUGUACUGUAAUCUUAAAAGCAUUACUACUACUGAUGUACGUACAUACUACUUAAUGUGACUGGUAGUACAAAAAAGUAUAAGUAAUACAAAAAAGGUUUGCAUUUGUAUCAACUAUGAAUACAAAAACAUAAGUAGUAAUUGAGUUUUGUUAUAAUAAUUUAAGAACACUUACAUUUAAGUUUUAUAUGAAAAAUAAUAAAAAUAUGCUUCUUAAAAA